AUAGGCUUCCUCACUCACAGCUUCAUCCUGAAUUAGAAAUGGCUGCCACCGGAAUUCUCCCCUUCGUCAGGGGGGUAGAUUUGAGUGGAAACGACUUUAAAGGGGGCUACUUUCCAGAACAUGUCAAAUCCAUGAGCAGCCUCCGAUGGCUGAAACUCAACAGAACUGGACUGUGCUAUCUUCCAGAAGAGCUGUCAUCCCUUCAGAAAUUGGAACAUUUGUCAGUAAGCCACAACAGUCUUACAACGCUACAUGGAGAGCUAUCGAGCCUUCCAAAUCUAAGGGCCAUUGUUGCCAGGGCGAACAAUCUUAAGAACUCUGGCAUUCCAGAUGACAUUUUUAAUUUGGAUGAUCUCUCAGUGCUGGAUUUAAGCUUUAACCAACUAACUGAAAUUCCUAGAGACUUGGAGAAUUCAAGAAAUAUGUUGGUCCUGAACCUCAGCCAUAACAGCAUUGAUAACAUACCGAAUCAGCUGUUCAUCAAUCUGACUGAUCUACUCUACCUGGAUCUGAGUGACAAUAAGAUGGAUAGCCUGCCCCCUCAAAUGCGACGUUUAGUCCACCUUCAGACGCUCAUUCUCAACAAUAAUCCUCUCAUGCAUGCACAGUUAAGGCAACUACCUGCCAUGGUAGCCCUUCAAACCCUCCAUUUAAGGAACACUCAGCGGACUCAAAGCAACAUGCCAACAAGUCUGGAAGGCCUCUCUCAUUUAGCAGAUGUGGAUCUCUCCUGUAAUGACCUGAGUCGAGUUCCUGAAUGCCUGUAUUCCUUGGCCAGUCUAAAACGCCUUAAUCUAAGUAGCAAUCAGGUCUCGGAGUUGUCACUGUGUAUAGACCAGUGGACCCAGCUGGAGACUCUGAAUCUGUCCAGGAACCAGCUCACAUCCUUGCCAUCUGCUAUUUGCAAGCUGUCCAAGCUGAAGAAGCUGUAUUUGAACUCGAAUAAACUCGACUUUGACGGCGUGCCAUCUGGUGUUGGGAAGCUGUCCAGCCUGGUGGAGUUCAUGGCAGCCAAUAAUAAUCUUGAGCUGAUUCCAGAGGGCUUGUGCAGAUGUGCAAAAUUAAAGAAGUUGGUUUUGAACAAGAAUCGGCUUGUCACGUUACCAGAGGCUAUCCAUUUCCUUACUGAUUUAGAGAUUUUGGAUGUUCGUGAGAAUCCAAACCUGGUUAUGCCGCCCAAGCCAGUGGACAUGACAGCCAAGUGGUACAACAUUGACUUCUCUCUGCACAACCAGCUGCGUCUGGCUGGUGCCUCACCAGCCACUGUGGCUGCAGCCGGAGGAGGAAGUAGUCCGAGAGAUACAAUGGCCAGAAAGAUGAGGUUAAGGCGGCGAAAGGAUUCCACACAGGACGACCAAGCUAAACAGGUGCUAAAAGGCAUGUCUGAUGUAGCCCAGGAGAAAAACAAAUCUAUUCAGGAGAACGGUGACGUGAAAUACUCUGACCUGAAGUCUAAGCGCUGGGACAAAAGCCUUGAGAAGCCUCCACUUAACUAUUCUGAGAUCUUUCUAGAAGAUGUUGGCCAGGUUCCUGGAGUGUAUGUGUGGCAGAUAGAAAACUUCUUGCCUACUCAGAUGGAUGAGGCUUUUCAUGGAAAGUUCUAUGAAGCGGACUGCUACAUCGUCCUAAAGACUUUCCUAGACGACAAUGGAUCAUUAAAUUGGCAUAUCUUUUACUGGAUUGGUCAGGAAGCCACCAUGGAUAAAAAAGCCUGCUCUGCAAUUCAUGCGGUCAAUCUUCGUAAUUAUCUGGGUGCUGAGUGCAGGACUAUCAGAGAAGAAAUGGGAGACGAAAGUGAAGAAUUUAGUGCGGUAUUCGACAAUGAAAUCUCCUACAUAGAAGGAGGAACUGCCAGUGGAUUCUAUACAGUGGAGGAUACACAAUAUUCAGCAAGACUUUACCGUGUAUAUGGGAAGAAAAACAUCAGGCUGGAAUCUGUGCCUCUGAAGGCUGUCUCCCUUGAUCCACGGUUUGUGUUCCUGUUGGAUAAAGGCCUUGAUAUAUACAUCUGGAGAGGAGCCAAUGCUACACUAAGUGGUACUACAAAAGCCAGGUUGUUUGCAGAGAAAAUAAACAAGAAUGAGAGAAAAGGCAAAGCAGAAAUCAUGUCACUGAUGCAGAAUCAGGAACCUCCAGAAUUUUGGGAAAUUCUUGGAGGACAGCCCGAAGAAAUCAAAAAACACGUUCCAGAUAACUUUUCUCCAGUUCGGCCUAAACUCUACAAGGUUGGUCUGGGUUUGGGAUAUCUUGAACUCCCCCAGAUAAACUACAAACUUUCAGUUGAGCACAAAGAAAAACUAAAACUUGAUGUCCUUCCAGAGCUCAGACUGCUGCAGAGCCUUCUGGACACUAAAGGUGUGUAUUUACUGGAUUGUUGGUCUGAAGUCUUCAUCUGGAUUGGACGCAAGUCUCCUCGUCUUGUAAGAGCAGCUGCGCUAAAAUUGGGCCAGGAGCUGUGCGCCAUGCUCCAUCGACCAAAACAUGCAGUGGUCAUCCGCAACCUAGAGGGCUCAGAGUGCCAGGUCUUCAAAUCCAAGUUCAAGAACUGGGACGACGUGUUGAAGGUGGACUACACCAGAAAUGCAGAGAGUGUAAAGCAGACUGCGGGCUUAUCUGGAAAAGUGAAGAAGGAUGCUGAGCAGAAGGACCAGAUGAAGGCUGAUCUGACUGCUCUGUUUCUGCCCAGGCAGCCACCUAUGCCCCUCACUGAGGCUGAGCAAAUGAUGGAGGAGUGGAAUGAGGACCUGGACGGUAUGGAGGGAUUUGUUUUGGAAGGGAAGAAGUUUGCCCGGCUACCAGAAGAGGAUUUUGGUCACUUCUAUACACAGGACUGUUUUGUCUUCCUUUGCAGGUACUGGGUGCCGGUAGAGUAUGAGGAGGAUAAAGGAAAAGAAAAGGGUGAAGGAGAAGAGCGAGGAGAAGAUGAAGACAAGCAGCCUGAAGAGGACUUUCAGUGUGUGGUUUACUUCUGGCAAGGUCGUGAGGCCUCCAAUAUGGGCUGGCUUACGUUCACAUUCAGCCUGCAGAAGAAGUUUGAGAGCCUUUUCCCGGGGAAGCUGGAGGUUGUGAGAAUGACCCAGCAGCAGGAAAAUCUUAAGUUCCUGUCCCACUUCAAAAGGAAGUUCAUAAUUCACAAAGGGAAGAGAAAGCUUAAGGUGGACAACGUGCAGCCUAGUCUGUACCAGAUCAGGACAAAUGGCAGUGCACUUUGCACCAGAACGAUCCAGAUAGUAACUGAUUCCUGUAACCUCAACUCCGAGUUCUGUUUUAUUCUUAAGGUGCCAUUUGAGAGUACAGACAACCAGGGUAUUGUGUACACUUGGGUUGGCAGAGCUGCAGACCCAGACGAGGCUAAGCUGGCAGAGGACAUCAUGAACUCCAUGUUUGAUGACACCUACAGCAAGCAGGUUAUAAAUGAGGGAGAGGAACCAGAAAACUUUUUCUGGGUUGGCAUCGGGUCACAGAAACCAUAUGACGAAGAUGCAGAAUACAUGAAAUACGCCAGACUAUUCAGGUGCUCUAAUGAGAAAGGCUACUUUUCUGUAUCAGAGAAAUGCUCUGACUUUUGUCAAGAUGACUUGGCUGAUGAUGACAUCAUGCUGCUGGACAAUGGAAAAGAAGUGUACAUGUGGGUUGGCACCCAGACCAGCCAGGUGGAAAUCAAACUGAGUCUAAAGGCUUGUCAGGUCUAUAUUCAGUACAUGAGGUCUAAGGAGGCAGAGCACCCGAGGAAGCUGCGCCUGGUGCGCAAAGGCAAUGAAUCUAAUUUAUUCACACGCUGUUUCCAUGCAUGGAGCGCCUUCAGGACUGUCCCAUCAUAGAACAUCGAUGUACAAACACGCACAGUACACAUGAUAUAAACACAACAGAAAAUCACUUUAAUAUUUAGCUACUUUGAAACACAAUUGAAAAGCCCUUUAUUUUUAUGUGCACUGCAAUUAUAGGAACACUUUAUUAAAAGUGUGCAUUUAUAAAAUGUUUACCUGGCUUAUUCAGUUGUUAAAGUUUAUAUUUAUGUAUUAGGUUUAAAGAGGAGAACGAUCUCUAAAAAUAAUAAUGUUUAUCAUUGGGAGUUAUCUCAAAGUAGAAAUUGCUGUAUUCCGCAGGGGGUGAUCAGAAAUGAAAACAUAUCAGCUCGGGUGGAGAUUGUUCAGUUUUGAGUCACCUAGCGCAGUAUAUACUACAAAGCAGGAGUCCUGGGUUAACUUUGAAUUGAUGUUAUUUAUGAGCUGAACUACGAGUCACUUUUGUUAGCUUCGUGUUGCACUCAAUUUAACACAAAUUCCUUUAACCCAUUAGUCCAGCUUAUGCUUGUUAUACAGGUUUCACAAAAGUUCAUAUCUCUGUUUGUAUUAGAAUGUAUAAUCCACAGAGACUUGCACACUUUAACAUUUAUUUUGGGCUUUCAAAAUUGGUGGUUGAAAUGCUUUGUUUUUUUUUAUUGUACUUCACAUAUCAAAUGCAGAGGUGUAUGUUUACUGCCUAUAAUUUGUCAUUUAAAGCACAAGUCUCUAGAUACAUACUCUCCAGAAAACGUUGGUGCCAUAGACAGCACACUGUUAGUAUUUUGUAUGUAAGUGCUGUCCAUUUUCAGGUCUCAUCUGCUGCUUUAUGCUUCACUACUAAAAUAGUGAACAGUUUUACUAAAAUGGACUUCACUGAUCAUUUGGGAUGUUUAAAAAGAAAUGUUGUCAGCAUCUUAUCAUAACUAGUAUGCAGUCAACCCACAGGGCUCAUAGAGUCGUGAAAAAUUUAAUUUAGGUACCUAAUGGCAGUUAAAGUAGAAUGUAAUGGCUAAGUAGUCCUGGUUCUUUUUUAUUCGUUAUUUAAAUUCACUAAAUGUUUGAUUGUUACACGUGGACAAGGAAAACAUAUUAAACCAAUGCCAAACGGUUAAUUUAAUAAAUGGACUUCAAUAA